AUGACAUUUCUAUGUUGUUGUGUGGUCACCGGAACAGAAAAGAAGUGGUUGGCAGACGAUGGGGACGGUGCCAGCGUCUACCUUGAGUCCAUCGAUCCUGUGAUACCGAUUGACACCGAAGAAGUUGAGGAAAACGAUUCCGAUUUUCAUUCAGGCAGUUGUUUGAAUAGGAAAUCAAGAAGGUGUAAAAGGGUAUUGGAAGGGCACUAA